CUCUGCUCAAUGCUCCGUGCUCUGUGCUCCGCCCCGGGGCCGGGCAGCUCCGGGUGGGGAUAUUGCCCGGCCCCAACAUAGAGCCCGACACCCCGCCUUGGUGCGCGGCCCGACAGCUGCAGGACAAUGUCGGACGGUUUCUCUCUCUCCGAUGCUCUGCCUGCUCACAACCCUGGUGCCCCCCCACCCCAGGGCUGGAACCAGCCCCCGGGACCUGGGGCCUUUCCACCGUACCCUGGGUACCCAGGUGCUGGAUACCCUGGAGCACCAGGACCGUACCCGGGGGCACCGGGACCACAUCAUGGACCUCCAGGACAUCAUGGACCACCAGGACCACAUCAUGGACCACCAGGACCAUACCCUGGAGGACCAGCAGGACCAUACUCUGGAACUCCAUCCGCUCCACUGAAAGUCCCCUACGAUCUGCCCCUGCCAUCAGGCCUGGUGCCUCGGCUGCUCAUAACCAUCACCGGGACCAUCAACCCAAAUCCCAACAGGUUCUCGCUGGAUUUCAAGAGGGGCCAAGACAUUGCCUUCCACUUCAACCCCCGUUUCAACGAAGACCACAAAAGGGUCAUUGUCUGUAACUCAAUGAUCAACAACAACUGGGGGAAGGAGGAGAGAACAGCUCCUAGGUUCCCAUUUGAACCUGGGUCCCCCUUCAAGCUCCAGGUGCUCUGUGAGGGGGAUCACUUCAAGGUGGCAGCCAACGAUGCUCAUCUGCUGCAGUUCAACUUCCGUGAGAAGAGGCUGAACGAGGUGACCAAGCUCUGCAUCGCUGGGGACAUCACCCUCACCAGCGUCCUGACCUCCAUGAUUUAAUCACUGAGCUGUGCCUUUAACACAAGCCCAGCACUCCUCAGAGAGCUGUGACAGCAGCGCCUUCCUGGGUGAUUACUUUGAAGCAAUAAAAAGCAAUUCUCCAAGUAAAA